AGGGAAAAAAUGCCGCCCCCUUUUCUCCGAGCCUUUAUCUCUUCCGACCAUCUCGACGCUAAACCCUUUGGUACCAGGAGCGGAUCCGCACGCAUCUCCGCUCUGUCCGUCUGUCUCUCUCGCCCCUGCCACCUUCCGCACCCCUCCUUGGCUUCUUUGCCACUCCAGGAGGGGUGGGAGGAGGAACUGCACUUUCUUUUUGUGCGAGUGAGCGUACCUUUUCCUGCACCGACGUUUCCCCUCGCAGCCGCUCCGACCUCGCGCCGAGAUUUGCGUUUAUUUUGUUUUGAUUUUUAUUUUCAGCGUUCUCAUUUCUCUUGUUUUAUUCUCCCUCGAGAGAUGCAGGAGGAGUUAGGAAGCUCAGGGACGGAUGGGGGUUUCGUUUAUCCUUUUUUCCCACCCUCUCGGCAGCUCUUGAAGGACCAGAAGAAAAACUAAACCAAACAUUUUAUUUCCCGACGGCCUCUCGCCUUUCUCCUGCCCCUCUCUCCGUGGAUUAACAAAACCGCACGUUUCACCCCCAAAAAUAAUACUAGAGAAGAAAAGGAGGGAGCGACGCAUUGUUACCCGGGCCGCGGCGGAACAAAGCCGGCAGCGCCGCGCCGGGCUCCGCGCAGCGCGGAGCGGCCGCCGGUUCUCUGCGCCCCGGGGCUCUGCGCCGGGCCAGGCCCGGGAGCUGCGGGAGGGGGACAGAGGGGAAGGAGAGCCCGAGGGGGCGGGAGAGAGGGAAUAACCCCGGCUGGUGCUGUCGCCGCAUCCCUUUUGUUACUUCUCGCGAUUGGGGAAGAGGAGGAAAGAAGAGCGGGGGAACCGGCACUUCCCGGCGCAGUUUCCUCCCCCCCCCCCCCCCCCCCCCCCAAAUAUAACCCCGACUGGCAGCAGCUGCCGGUGGUGCCCCGAAUUAGCGGGCGGAGGCAGACUUCGAUGGGGGAAACGCUUUUUCUCCCCUGAUGCAUCGUAAGUAACUUAAGUUGUUAUUUAUACUCCGCCACCAACCACGGCGAUAACAUCUCCCCAUCUCCGGAGCGCUGGAGGCCGCGGCGAGGGAUGAGAUCUGCCUUUUCCCCAUCCGAGCAGGACACUUUUCCCGCUCCUAAUUCAUUUGAUUUGAUUUUGAUGUUUUAAUUUUUCCAUGCUCCGCUCCCGGAGGGUCAUUUAAACUGUAAAGGAAUCGCCGAGGGGGCGAGGGGACCUGGAGAGAGAGGCUGUCCGAACCGCUCCGCCGAGGCUCCUCCUCCGCCCCCUCCAAAGAUGAUGCUUAGCCCGGACCAAGCUGCCGACUCCGACCACCCCUCCUCGGCUCCCUCCGACCCGGAGUCCCUGGGCGGCGCGGACCCCCAGCCGCUCAGCUGCUGCGUCUCCGACCCGGAGCCCGCCGAGGGCGGCGGCGGCGGCAGCGAGGGCCGGGGCGGCGGCGGCGGCGGCAGCGUUGGGGAGGGCCGGGUCGGGGGCCGGCCCGGGCUGCACCCGCCGCCGCUGAGCCGGGAGGAGAAGCGACGGCGGCGCCGCGCCACGGCCAAGUACCGGUCGGCGCACGCCACGCGUGAGCGGAUUCGAGUGGAGGCCUUCAACCUGGCCUUCGCCGAGCUCCGCAAGCUGCUGCCCACCCUGCCCCCCGACAAGAAGCUCUCCAAGAUCGAGAUCCUGCGCCUCGCCAUCUGCUACAUCUCCUAUCUCAACCACGUCCUCGACGUGUAGCGCCCGCCCGCCCCGACGGACCCCCGGAGCCCCGGGACUCUCCCCCACCUCUGUCCCCGGGGCUUUUCCCUCCCGGUGCUGCCGACGGAGACCCCCUCCACCCCGUUUUUCGACGAGAAGUGUAAAACUGGAUUGUUUCUUCAGGCUGUCAAGUGCCCCUUUAUAUAUAUAUAUAUCCAAAAAAACCAUCUACUUGUGACCUUAAACGUGUGACCCAUGGGUGCAGUUAAAAAUAACUAUUUUUUAUUUAUGGUAGAAGGAGUCGACAAUUUAUUUUUUUCCAAGAUUUAUUUAUUUUUCAGAGUGGUGGCGAUUUUACUUUGGAUACUUUGUGCCGAUUCGUUUCUAUAGUCGGGUGUUUACACUUUCUCCGUGUGGAACGUUAUGUUUAACUUUAUGAGUGUUUGUUGGGAUGGAUACAGUGUUCCUUUUCCUUUAUUUAUUUAUCAUUUUUAAUUCAUUUCCCACCCUCCAAUUAUAUUGCACUUGUGUACGACAAACCUCCCUUGUUUAUAAGUAUAUUUUAUAUAUAUCAAGGCAUUUGUUCUUGACCUUUUUUCCCCCCUUUCUUUUCUCUUGUGGAAUGGAGAACCACUAGCACUUAACUAGGAGAGGUUUUUUAAACACUUGUUGUUCUUCUGAUCUAUAGUUACGUCUGGAAAGUACUUUGCAAAUCAUUUAUAAGGGAAGUAGUAUCUUUGUGGGGUGUAUAUGUGCGUGUGCGUGUGCGUGUACAUGCAUGUGUGGGGGAGUGAGCGCCGGUGUGUAUGUGGGAUGGUAUAUUUUUAGGAAAGGACCUUUUUCCUAAAGAAAAAAAAA